GAAUUUUUAAACUUUGAAGAUUUCAGUCAAAUCGCACUUACACCGGAUUUUUACGCGCUUCAUAAACGCAGAUCUAGAAAUGGAAGAUUUAACUGAACUGCUCACUAGUAUUUAAAAAUUCCUAACUUUCGCUCCACAGAAGGCUUCAAGUUGAAUCUUGUACAUCAUAUAGAAGACACUUGAAUUUUUAAACUUUGAAGAUUUCAAUCAAAUCGCACUUAAACCGGAUUUUUGCGCGCUUCAUUAACGCAGGUCUAGAAAUGGAAGGUUAAACUCAACUGCCCGUUUCCAUUUAAAAAUUCUUAACUUUCACUCUAUAGAAGGCUUUAAAUUGAAUCUUGUAUAUCGUAUAGAAGACACUUGAAUGUUUAAACUUUGAAGAUUAUAAUCAAAUUGCACUUAAACCAGAUUUUUGCGCGCUUCAUAAACGCAGGUCUAGAAAUGGAAGGUUUAACUCAACUGCUCACUAGCAUUUAAAAAUUCCUAACUUUCGCUCCACAGAAGGCUUCAAGUUGAAUCCUGUACAUCGUAUAGAAGACACUUGAAUGUUUAAACUUUGAAGAUUUCAAUCAAAUCGCACUUAACCCGGAUUUUUGCGCGCUUCAUUAACGCAGGUCAAGAAAUGGAAGGUUAAACUCAACUGCUCAGUAGUAUUUAAAAAUGCCUAACUUUCGCUCCACAGAAGGCUGCAACUCGAAUCUGGUACAUCAUAUAGAAGACAUUUGAAUUUUUCGACUUUGAAGAUUUCAGUCAAAUCGGACUUAAACCGGAUUUUUACGCGCUUGAUAAACGCAGAUCUAGAAAUGGAAGGUUUAACUCAACUGAUCACUAAUUUAAAAAUUCCUAACUUUCGGUCCACAGAAGGCUUCAAGUUGAAUCUUGUACAUCAUAUAGAAGACACUUGAAUUUUUAAACUUUGAAGAUUUCAAUCAAAUCGCACUUAAACCCGAUUUUUGCGCGCUUCAUUAACGCAGGUCUAGAAAUGGAAGGUUAAACUCAACUGCCCGUUUCCAUUUAAAAAUUCUUAACUUUCACUCUACAGAAUGCUUCAAAUUGAAUCUUGUAUUUCUUCUUUAAUGUGUUGGAUUCCCAUUUGUCUACCACCUCCUUAUGCCGUUGAACAUUUUCUGAUUCCUCCGCCUUCCGAGCCGAUUUCUCAACUCCAGCACAAAAGAGUGCCCUACCACUUACUAGCUCCUCUACUCGAAGCGACUUGACUUUUGCAGUAACCCUUUUUUCUUCAAUUUUUACGAGCAUGUUAGCAUAUUUGUAGAUAUAUCGUAUGAUGUUUCGAUUGAAUCGAAAGCCUUCUGCGUACACUUUUAUAUGAUCAUCGUCGUGCUGUACCUCUUUCUGAAACCCGUCUGUUCGACUGGCUGGUAAAAGUCGAAUUUAUUGCUCAAGUCGGUCGUUAUUAUUUUAGUUAGUAGUUUGUAGAGGAUGGAUAGCAGACUAAUGGGGCUGAAAUUCUCUAGAUUUGUGCAAUCGCCUUUCUUGAAUAAUAGGAUGACUUCUGCGUUUUUUCAAGAAUCCGGGAUUUUCUCUUCUUCUAAACACUUAUUAAGUAAGGUCAGGAGUGCUUUCCUGAGUGCCUCUCCUCCGGCCUUUAACACCUCACUGGUGAUCUGGUCUACUCCCGGGCUUUGCAGUUCUUUAAGUGUUUUAGCGCUGCCUCUAGUUCUUCUCCAUCAAUGGAGUCCUCCUAGACUGGCUGGUGAAUUUGACCUUCUUGAUCUGGUUGUGCCACCGAUGGCCUGUAUAGUCGUCGAUAGGAUUACUCAAUAAUUUCUGCGAACUUUCCUCUUUCACUCUCAAUGACUCGCUGAUCGUUUUUCAUCUUGUGAAUAAACAUUUCACCCUUAUAUUUCUCGGAACGGAGAACUCUCAUGUUUGCGUUGUUCUGUAUGGCUUCCUCGGUCAUCCUGGUGUUAUAAGCUCUGAUCUUUCCUGAUGGCUUUCUUCACGAUCUUAUUCAGGUCCCCAUACCUUAGUGAGUUUUUGUCUUGGGGGUUCGAUGUUAGAACAUAGUCCAUCUCGUUUUUGAUCCUGUUAUCGGGGCUCUUCCAAGUCCAUUGUCUUUUGGAGUGCUUUUUGUAGAAGGUAUGCAUGCAGUAGAGCCUCUCCUUGUUGAAAGUCGAUCAUGGUUUGUCUUCUUUGGUUCCCAACCCGAAUUUACCGAUGACGGAAGGAUCCAUCGGCAAUCUGGCGCCAAUCUUCGCGUUGAAAUCGCCUAUUAUCACACAGGUUUUGGUCUUGUCUGCGCUCUUUGCAGUUGUUCGAUCUUCGUAGAACUCUUCGAUUUAUUGGUCUGAGCAGGCGGAGGUGGGUGCAGCUGCUUGAAUGAUUGGAUACUAAACAUGGCGUUGAUCCUGAUCAUUAUAUAAAUUACUCUGUUUGGCACGGCUGUUGUCUUUGUAACCAGGUGUUUUUUCUUCUUGUGAACCAGUAUAGCAACGCCUACGAUGUGUGAGUUUGUGUCCGAGUUCUUUUGGAACAGUGAAUGUUCAAAUUUGAGAAUAGUGACCGCUUUUUCGCUCAGUCUUGUUUCGCUGAUCCCUAUGGCAUCCCAGUUUAUAUUCGGUAGUUCGUGUUCUAGACCGCUGAGAUGUUCCUCCAGCCUCAUGGUGCGGAUAAUGUGCGUCCCCACGUAAAGGGUCUCUUCAAAUUUGCAUCUUCUCCUCUGACCUUCUAUCGACAUUAUUUUGGACAACUAUUUUCGAACGUCGAAAGUUCGCUAGUGGCCAAGUGACCAAACCAAUAAUAAGCUACAUGAAAAAAUCAAAGAAAUGGAUGACCAUCGAUGUGUCCCUGAAUAUUCGUCAGCUUAUAGAUACUAAUACAAACGAGUUUGUUACUGUUUUCAGUCUUUUCUCAACCGUCGGCACAAUCGACUCUGAGGAAGUAGAAAAUUUCCAAAAGCUGGCGGCCGAAUGGUGGAACCCUUGUGGACCACUGAAGCCGCUGCAUUCUAUGAACAAACUGAGGAUACCCCUUGUGAGGGAUGGUUUGAUUAAUGAAGGCUGUAUCGCCAGUGUGCAUGUUCGAACCUCUACACCCUUAAAGGGAAUGUCAGUUUUAGACGUGGGAUGUGGAGGGGGCAUUCUUUCGGAGCCUCUGGCGCGCUUAGGAGCCGUGGUGACGGGGCUGGAUGCCACCUCCAACGCACUGGAUGUGGCUAGAAAACAUGCCAAAGACAACAACUUGGCCAUUAACUAUAUGUGCUCAUCUGUGGAGGAGUUUAGCCAGAAUAACAUCGGCAAGUUCGACGCAGUAGUCGCAUCGGAAGUGGUAGAACAUGUAACGGAGAAGGCCAGUUUUAUUGCUGCUUGCUCAAAGUGCCUGAAGCCUUCUGGGUCGAUUUUCAUCACCACUCUGAACGACACGUUUUUAGCCCAUUUCUUGGGGGUUUGGAUGGCUGAAAACAUGCUCUCGUUGGUUCCUCGAGGAACCCAUCAAUCAGAGAAAUUUGUCAAGCCUCACCAGCUCCAAAGGAUCUUGGAGGACAAUGGGCUGCGGACCAAGCUGAUGCAUGGAAUGAUUUACAAUUUUGUGACAAACAACUGGAGUUGGAGCUCGAAUCGUUCUAUUAAUUAUGCGAUGCAUGCAGUGAAGAAUGCUGAUUUGUGAUUUGUGAGUUAAAAAAAAAAUUGGAAAAAUUGCUCAAAUUUAUGAAAUGCAGCAAUUGAUUUUAGAAGGUUAUAGUUUCCAAUUUUUUAAAUACGAAUGUUUUGUUUUAUCAUAUUAUAAAUUUAUUUAUAAACA